AUGGCCCCCUCUCUCCACCCUCUCAUCGACAGCGGCAUUACGCUAGGCUCUAGCACCUUCGCCGGUGGAAAGCUCCACUGCCAUUGUGCGUCCAACCAGGUGGAGAUUACCCUGAAAAGCAACGUCGCCCACAAUCACGCAUGUGGCUGCUCUAAGUGCUGGAAGCCAGCCGGUUCUCUAUUCUCUGUUGUUGGCGUGGUUCCCCGUGAUGCCGUCUCGGUAACGGCAAACGCAUCAAAGCUUUUCAUUGUGGACAAAGAAGCCAUAAUUCAACGAUAUGCUUGCAAGGACUGCGGGGUUCACCUCUUCGGUCGUAUCGAGAAGGACCAUCCUUUCAAGGGACUCGACUUUGUGCAUGUGGAAUUGUCCGAUGAGAAGGGCUGGCAGGAGCCCCAGUUCGCUGGGUUCGUCUCCUCCAUCAUCGAGCAGGGGUCGCACCCCAAGGAAAUGGACGAAGUGAGAGCCAAAUUCAAGGAUGUGGGAUUGCAGACGUACGAUGUUCUUUCGCCCGCUCUGAUGGAUCUGAUUUCCACUUUCACUGCGCAGAAGUCGGGCGUCAGGUUUGCCAAUCUGUAA